CUUUAUAAAGAACGACAAGUAAACUAUCCGGAUAUCAGCGAUAAUGAUGAUUUACUGUGCAUCUUGUGCUAUGCCGAACCAAGAGACACUACCUUGUAUCCUUGUUUACAUGAGCAAUUUGGUCAGUCAUGUGUAAAGAGCUUGAAGACAUGGUAAGUUUACUUUAUUUUUUUGUAUAAACGUCAUCUCAUAUUGUUAUAGUCCGCUGUGUCGUAUGGAAAUAUACAAAAAGAAAAAAAAAAAUAAAUAUGCAGGGGGAGAAACAAAGGCGAAUGAUAUAAGAUUAUAGAAAAUAAAAAGAAUGCUUUUUUUUCCCUCCUUUUUUCUUACAGAAAUGAGUAGUCAUAGUAACAACCGGACAGUAGAAGAUUCAGUAUUAUUGUAUCGUCUUCAUACAAAUGAAGUUCAAUUACGUACUUUAGCAGUCAUUCUGAGUCUAACGGGCGGGUUGGCUCUUUCGUUUGCCGUAGGUGUAGGUAUAUUGAUUUAUUGGUAUGCAAAAAGAGGCAACCAAGAAAAGCCCCCAUCACCACCACCAAGUCUAUCAUUACCUGCACCCUUGCCCAUGUGCUUAUCAAGGUUGACACCUGAACCUUCUGCACCACCCGCUACAAUAGACACCUUUCCACCACCUCCACCCUAUGACAGACAAAAAAAUUAAAUUUAAAGUAUCGUUUAAUGUAAAAUAAUUCUAACAAUAACAAUAAAUUGA